CGUCUCGUGCGAAUGCCCCGUGGGGACAACACUGGUCCAACGCGCCAAAAAAUUAUCAUUUUGGGGGUAUCAUUAUCACAACUACACAAUUAAUCUGCCCUUCGGUGAGCAGUAGGUAAUGGCAACACACCAAGGAACGACUCCUCCGUGGAAAACAACGAUUAUAGUCAGCACGUCACUGCAGAACCAUGGUACAGACAGGAUGCUCAGCGCGCGACAGCACCGAAUCCGAUUUUCAGACAGCGUUGAGCCCGGGGCCUUUAUUUUCCCCCUGUCAGGUAUUGCAUUUCUGUUGGUUGACCCUCAAGACCUCUCGGUGCGAUUUGAGGAAUCUGGACUCAUUGAGAAGAUAAAGACGUUUGUGCAAGUGCACCGCAACAGUUUUAUUCUUCUACACGCCCCCUUUAAUGGCAAAGAGGACUUGGAAAUCAUGUCCGUGAUUCAACACAGAUUCUUUGGCAGCAAUCUCAGGAUCCUGCCUGUGCGAAACAAUGACGAGAUUGUCAAAGGAAUGUUGACAAUUGCCAAGGCCACCAGUAAGCCCCAUGUAGAUAGUAUCCGUGACCGGAUGUCUUUGGCUCGGGCUCGCAUCAUUGAAAGCAGUCCUGUGUGGGAGAUGCUAAGAGACUUUCUUUGAAGCUCAACAGGUGAUCCAGCAUUUUCAGUUUUAUUUGAUGCUAACCAGUACAAGCCUUGGUGAAUAUACAAAAGCAAAGGUGAAAUAUGUGUUUCAGUAUGUUAGCACAGUUUAUUCUGUUUUUUCAUUGUUUGCAAUAACUUUAGCAAAAUUCACAUUUAUCCAAUGCAUGUCUUAUUAAUCGGUCAAAUAAAAACUAAAAUAAAACUGUUUGUAGAAAUAUAA